AUGACUCAGUCGGGUCAGACGGUGGCUCAUGACGACCCAGGGGCGAUAGAAGGUUCGGAGGUUGAUAUCGGCCAACGGGAGUCAGCAGUGGAGACCGUCAGUGAUAGCGGGGAUUCUCCGGCGUACCAGGAUGCCUUGCCAAACAUUGUACCGCCCUCAGAACCUCGCAGUCAUCCUAUUAGACAAUGUUCUGUAGUGUUUGCAGAAAAUGCUGUAGCUGUUAUGAAGAAGGAAUUUAAUGAAAAGCUAGGAAAAUUAAUGAACCGGUCGGCGGGCGCUGCGUUCUUCAUCCAAUCGCUUAGAGGGAAACCGCUUAUCGUGUUCAACAAGUACACGUACUGCCGGCACUCAGUCCGCAAUGGCAUAAUCAGAUGGACGUGUUCCACGCACUCGUACAAAUGCUGCAAGGCCGUCGUGAAGACGUCCGGCUCGCACAUCAUCGAGGUUAAGGGCGUCCACAACCACGACGCGUCCGAGCUGCAGAUCAACCGGGGGAAGAGCAGCUUCGAUCUGUCACUGACUGAACAGAUACUGGUUAGGAAUCCGUGCGGAAACCGAUUUAUAGUA